AAACAACAAUACAAAGAUACAAAAUUAUUUUCGGCGUGCCCACAAUAGUGUAUUUAGAAUAAUGGCUGACGAGAAUAAGGACGCUGCAAGUGCAACUAGUGGUAGUAGUGAAGAGACUAGACAAGUGAAUAUUGACGAGAUUAUUAGUAAGAUGCAAGACGCCCCGACUGAGGUUAUCUGUGACAUCAAAGGUCUCGACGCAAACCGCUAUGCGACGAAGAAAACAGUCGCUCAGGGCAUGCUGGACAUUGCCCUGCUCACAUCCAAUGCAUCCCAACUGAAGUAUGUGCUACAAGUCGGGCCGAAACACGAAUUCUAUAUGCUUCUGGUGGUGCUCAUUUCUAUAUCUAUCGUUUUGCAGGCGAGCGCAGGAGUUUUGGCUCUUAUCAUUUCCUAUAUGGACGGAAAACACAACGAGAAACAAAAGAAGAUUUCCGACUGGCUGUACCACACCUCGGUCGGUCUCAUGACGGGCGUGGUCUUCUGUGACGUUAUUAAAAUGACUUUUGGACUCGAUCCCGCUUUAUCAGAACAAGACUUUUUGGGGAAUAGAAACUCUAGUAUUUUUAAUUUCUUUAGUUGGAAGACCUAAUUUGUAGGCAAAAGUAUAAAAGAAUUUUGUAAUUUAAUAAAAUGGUAGACAAUUACCUAUCCCAUUGUUUAGUAUCGAUUAUAGUAACAUUAUCGAAGGCACUGACUGCAACUAUAGGCAUUAAAACCUGUUAGAGUCGGAGAGUUUCUGC